GAAUCCUUUGCUGAAAACUCUGUUUGCUUACAGCUUUUAUAUGUGUGGUUUGAAGGUUUUAAUUUUUUGCUCCUUUGCUUUUUUUGUUGCUGUUGUUUCAAAAAAUUUAUUCUUUCUAAGUCCAAAUUUUACAUCUCUAUGUUGAACUCAAAGAAUGAAGGCAAAAUGAUAAUGCAACGUUUUUACUUUGAUUUAUUUGUAGCAAUUUAACAAUGUUUGAUUCUUGCAAAAGCUGAAGGAAAAAAGAGAAGUUCUUCCUUUAAGGACAUUUACAUUUACUCUUUUGUCCUUCUUCCUUCUGGGAGAAUCAAAUGAAGCCUUGCUGUUCAUUAUUUUUGAAAGCUAGUGCUGUAUGCAUUUGAAUAGCUGGGGAUCUUUGUCCUUUGCAUUAACUGAAGCAUCAGGCUAAAAUGAGAACCGGUUGAUUUGCCUACCCUUAUCUUAAGUUUUUCAAUACACACACAUGUGGGGUUUUCUUUUUCAUGGACCACCCAAUUUUUACUUUAAAUUUUUAUCUGCCUAUAUAUUUUGUCGAGAUGCUUGCUACGAUGUCUAUUGUCUUCUUGUAUCCCAUUUCAAAUAAUGCUGCAAUUUGGAAAAGUUUGGAUCAAUUUGCGCCUUUUGAUUGACAACCUUUAAGUGAUUUAUACUAUGUAAAUUCCUUUUUAAGGCAUGCUGAGGCCUUUGCUUUCCAAGAUUCUGCAGGAAAGACGGAAUUUGUAGGAAAACAGAUUUUUUUUAUCUCUAGGUCCAUCCAACAAUUUUGCUUAUCGCCUUGUAUGCAGAUGCUGCCAAUUCAUUCUCAUCUUCUUCCUCGUGGAUAGGAAAAGGCCAUGAAUAUUUGAGUUUAUAAUGGCCAAUAGAUGCUGAAUUACUUGUAUUUUUGUGUUUUAUUGAUUACUGACACCUGCUAAUCACAACACAUUUAUCUGUGAUUUAAGUUCUUUUGCUAUAGAGAGGGAACUAAUAGAAAAAUGCCAAUUAGAUAGAACAAACAAAAUAUUUCUCCAAAUGUCAAAUUGGGUGGUUAAAAUUGUUUUUUAAGUAUCUUCCACUAGUUGACUGUAUCAUUGUGGGUGAUGGCGAAAUUCUGUAAGUAAAGAUGAGGAGUUAAAUAAUCCUUUGGCACAUAUGCUUUGAUGCCUGUUUCCACCUGUAAGUUUUGUCAUCUAUGCAGAUAGGGUUCUGUUAUCCAUGAUUGUAUAAAGUUCUAAAGCUAAUCAUUUUGGUUGUGUGUGUUAGAUAUUUAUACAUAUGCUUUAGUUCUAUCGUGUAAAUCGUGUCUGUAUGUUGACUUGUUAAUUACUUCUGAUUCAGAGUGAUGUACUCUAGGCCGUCAAGGAAACUUCAUAGAAGUUAACUUUUGAUUCAUCUCUAUUAUUGCGUCUAGUUCAUGCCUCAAUGACAUUGGUGUAGUUUAUUCUCGCUUUGAUGGAUGAGAGUAAGGGAGGUUGCUUGUUGUUUGAGGUGCUUGAUAUCUUUGCUAAUUCACUCAGUAUCUCAAAUCUCAAUUCAACACCAAAGGUAAAAAUAUAUAUACCUGUGGAAUAUGGUCAUACAAAUGAUGGCUAUACUUCAUAUAAUUUGUGCAUUUUUUUUCUACAUAUCUUUGGUUUCCCACAGCCACAUUGAGAACCUCUUGGUAUUAAUAUGAAGCUGACUGUCUUACAAUUUAUCUCUUUAUCUUCAGAGUGGCCAGAACCUUUGCGGAGCUGAAGAGAAACAUUAGCCUUCUCUUCUUGAGAAAUACGUGUGGAAAAAAAGGUGAAUUGCUCAAAUAUCUGCAUCUAGUCUGGAGUCUGCACCUGCGAUACUGCUGAAGUCCUAAAUAAUUAUUUGGUCUAUGGAAGAACCUUCAAGGCAGAGAAUAAAUUUAAGGGACUGGCGACCAUUAGGAACUUCUGAGACUUCAACAAUCCCAGCAAGGCAAAGUUUAGCUUUGCAUGACAGGAAGGUGACCGAAGAAGAACUUAUCAAGUAUAUGUCAAAUUUGCCAAGUUAUCUGGAGAGAGGAGAAAAUCGACAGGAGAAAGUUUUAAAUGUCGGAGUCCUUGAUUGGGGCCGUUUGGAAAAGUGGCAAUGUGGUCAAAAACAGAUACCACACAGAAAUAGCAGGCAUUCUCUCUCAAGUGAUAAUUCAUCUUCAUCAUUUUCAACAGAAGGAUCAUAUGUUGACUCUAGUAGAGGUCCGAGUUGCUCUCCUGCUCAUCAAAGAAUGCGCCGUCCAUCACUGCAAUCUCAUAUGUUGUCAUCUCCAGUAAAAGUCCACUCACAAGAUGUGAAAUCGUUCGAAGAAAGUAUUCAAAAGUUUCAAUAUGUCAAAGGUGCCCAGGCUCACAUCAUGAAUGAACAGAGAAAGUUCAUCAGGACAGAUCAUCUUCAUUCUAAAAACUAUCCUGAAAUCAAGCUGGAUCAGUGGAAGAGAAAAGAUUCAGACCCAAUGACGAAUUCGAAAUGUGGAACUUCUAAUGGGGUAAAAUUUGAAGCGCAGCAGUAUAUGAGGGUAAAUACAACCCAAGAUGGUGAUUUUAUGAAAAGAGCAAAUAAGUUGCAAGAAGAGAAGGCAUGCUCCUUUGACCAAGAUGUCUCUAGAAAAAGUAAACGAGAAAUUCUACUGAUGCCAAGGGAUCUCACCCAAGGCAAUUGUUCCCAGCUUUCUGAGUCACCAACAAUGUUGUGUCAAAAGGGAGCCAAGGCAAGUCGGAGUAGCUUUUCGGAGAUGCCUAAGGACAUGAGUCCUGCUGCAGUCACUUCUGAUGUCCCGCACUCUUGCCCACUGCCUCGUCAGGUUGAAGGAUGCACAGAGAUAAAAUGGUGCUCUUCAGAUGGAGAUAGUGUCGCCUUUUUGCCCAAUUCAUCUCACUUAGGACCACAUCCAGCAAAAGUAGGAAUCAGUCCAUCCCGUGCUAGAAUUUCAGAAAAUAAAAAAUCAAGUAUAUCACCAAUAAAUUCAACUGCAAAAGAGUCUUCCACAGGAUUGGGUAUGAAGCUAAACAAAGCUGCUUCUGAAAAACCAAGAAGCACUUCACCUUUUCGCCGACUUGGCAUUGGUAUGGGCAAGAUAAGUAAAAGUUUCAGUCCCAAAGAUAGUUCAUCCUUGCCUCAGUUGAGCACAAUCCAUCAUUCCGCGAAAUCUGCUGGAGACAAUGCUAUGACUUCCUGUCGCCAAGGAACUUCAAGUAGUGAUCCACAAAAUGCUACGAGCAGAGCCAGAGCAAGCCCUCUGAGAAGGUUGCUAGACCCACUGUUGAAACCGAAGGUACCAAACUGCCAUCAUUCAGGAGAACCAUUACAAAGGGAUUUAGUAUCAACAGAUAGAGCCUGCAAGUCUAAUGGACAAUUAGAUUCUUCUGCUGCAGCAAGACAGCCAGGAGUUGUAAAUUUCAAUAUGGCAAGUCGUAGGGCAAUCAAUAUCGGUGAUUCUUGUCAGGACAAGAAGCACGGAUCAGCAGCAUUUCAAGCUUUGCUAAGAGUUGCAGUUAAGAAUGGCCAGCCUCUUUUCACAUUUGCAGUUGACAAUGAACGUAAUAUUCUUGCAGCCACAGUGAAGAAGUUGAGUAGCACAAGAGAGGAUGAAUACAGCUGCAUUUACACGUUUUUUGCCAUUCAAGAAAUCAGGAAAAAAAAUGGGGGUUGGAUGAACCAAGGGGGCAAAGGCAAAGGUCAUGAUUAUAUUCCUAAUGUUGUAGCUCAAUUGAAGGUUUCUGGUUCUCAGUUUUCCUGUUGGACUAGAGAGAACUGUAUGGAGCAAUCAUUUGCGAGAGAAUUUGUUUUGUUUGCUGUGGACCUACAGCAAGCAGAGCCACAAAGAUUAGACUUCCAGCCAAAUGAUGAACUUGCUGCCAUUGUUGUCAAGAUCCCAAGAGUCACUAAUGUAAGUACAGCCAGUGAUGGACAUCAUAGUGGUAAAAACAAUGAUUUGCCGGAGAUGAGAUUCAGUUCUACUUCUGGGGAACAGCCUAUCAUCAAUGGCCAAAGCCUUAUCAGUGCCACAGUCAUUCUUCCAAGUGGCGUUCACAGUUUACCAAAUAAAGGCGGGCCUUCAUCUCUAAUCCAACGAUGGAGAUCGGGUGGAUCAUGUGAUUGUGGAGGUUGGGAUUUGAGCUGCAAGCUCAGGAUUUUUGAGAACCAGAGUCAACUUAGUAAGAAAACAAGUCCAUCCAAAGCUUGUGCAAUGAUAGAUAAAUUUGAGUUCGUCUCUCAGGGAGGAGAAGAAGAGAACCAGCCAGUCUUCAGUUUUGCUCCUUUCAAGGACGGGAUCUAUUCAGUUGAGUUCACCUCAUCACUUUCAAUUAUACAAGCAUUCUCACUGUGCAUAGCAAUUAUAGACAGUAAAAAACUGUGUGAGAUCCAAGGCUCGUGCAACUCGAUCGAAGCGAAAACUUCUCUGCAAACCAUGUUGGCACAAAAUGAUGGAACGAGGGGCCGCCCGUAUGGAAUUGUUGCGGAUAUGCCUGCAAAAUUUGUUUCAUACCCACCCCAUUCUCCAUUUGGAAGGGUCUAGUUCAUGAGGAAUGGUAUUGUAAUUACACAGUCCGUACUGAUAGGUAAAAAUAGCACCAGUUUAACUGAGCGGAGAAUGCAUGAAUCCUGCAAUGACAAUCUAAUGCCUGUCAUUGAUAUGGGAAAAUAAAAUAGAAUCUGCAAGGUCAUGAAGAAAGAAACCUGGAAACCCAGAGGGCAGCACUGUGUUUUGUGUUGGUUUUUGCGUUGUUUUUGACAAUAGAAGCAGUAUUAACUGUACUUAAAAGAGAAACACUAUCUUCAUCAAUGUAAGUGUGCAUAUAAGCAGAGAAUGGUAUAUUGCUUUCAUGGUA